AUGGAUUGGCGUUGCGUAUAUUACAACCAGGUGGACGUGUGCAUCACAGUGGCAGAGACAGGUGGAGCCUCUCAAGGCAGCCGUUUCCAGCAGUUCCUUCCCUUCCCACCACCAUCGCUCAUGGCCACUUUGCGUCGAUUUAGCUCCGAGGGAAACCUCCUGGACAUCGAUUUCUUCCCGUGGAAGAAGCACAACAUUCAGCGGGAAUCUGGCGUAUACGCAAACUGCGUCGAGGCCGACGGAGAAGCCGUUCCCGUCAUUCCGGAGCCGUGUCAAGAUGGGAAGAAAGUGCUGAGCAAGGAGCACAGUAUCAGCGCCGAGAACCUGAGAGACUUGGAGAAAAAGAACAAGCACCUCCUUGAAGUGUGCGCCAUCGGUGAAGGCUACAGGGCCUACAGUGACGGCCAAUUGGCCCCUGGUGCAAAGGGAAGCACCGAAAGUGUAGAAAAAGAUCAGACGGACGGAGAAGUGAGCUCAUCAUCGUCAUCCUCCCUCAAAUCCCAGCAUCGGCACCAGCGCAGGGCCAAACUGACAGCUGCCAAACUGCAUCUCAAGAGUCUGUUUGGCCAGAAUAGUCCCCAUUCAUCAAACUCCAACCUUUCAAACACGGAACACAAAGACAGUGCCAAAGAGAGGCGCUCGCGUUUGCUCUUCAUGCGUCAAUGGAGCCAGGUGGGCCUCAAUAAGAAACACAAACUAAGUCGAGAGGAAAUGGAAAAAUGGGCCCAGUCCCUGGACUACCUGCUCGCCAGUCAGACCGGGCUCUCGGUGUUUGGCGCGUUCCUGCGUUCCGAGUUCAGUGAGGAAAAUCUGCAGUUCUACCUGGCCUGUGAACAGUACCGACAUUCGUCAACCAACUUCAGUCUGCAGAGAAGGGCGAAGGACAUCUGCGCUACCUACAUCCAGCCGGGUUCGCCUCGGGAGGUGAACUUGGACAGCAAGACGAGAGAUCUGACCAUCCAGCUGCUGCAGGCUCCCUCUCACACGUCUCUGUCCCUCGCACAGAAGCGCAUCUACUCGCUCCUAGACACGGACUGUUAUCCCCGCUUCCUCCAGUCUACCGUCUACUUAACGUUACUAGGGGAGGCCGACGAGCAAUGA